AUGCCUUUGGCUGGGGAACAACGGGGUGCGGGGAAGCGCGGCAAGCGGGGGGAGAAGUUUGAGCGCGUCGGGUGGUCCGCUGCGAUGGCGCAGUCCUCGCCCCUUCCGCACUCUCUUCCCGCCGAUGCCUCCGCGAACUCCGCGCUCGCAGGUCGCGUAAAUCCCGCGCAUUUCGCAAACAGCUCGCGCGGCGCGCUCGUCACUUCAGCCGCCGAGUUUCCCUCGAUUACUGACGAAGCUUCGGAAACUCUUCGCUCCUCCGGGUUGGAAACCAACAAGAAGUUUUCCUCGCUAUUGUCACACUCCGGUAUUAGCAGCGACAUGCGCGCGUGCUCCUCGGGAGCAGUCGCCGCCACUCUCGCGUCGUCAUCGUGUGUCGUCGCGUCGCCAGCGAGUUUCGAGACGUCCCGAACCACGUCUGCUGCCGCAUCGCCUGGCGCGGGUCCCGCGGGGGCGGCGGCGUGCAGGGAGGCCGUGGCGAGUGAGCUUCUGCGAAGGUUCCGGUGGGCGGACAGGGAGGUGGUGGAAGGGGUGAUGGCGGCGGUGGGGGGGGAACGAGCAGCCGCGGAAGCAAUACUGGCGGAUAUGGGGGGAGAGGGGGCGAUGGGGGGAAUGGGUGAAAGCGUAGCGGGAGAGGGUGUGGUGGACGAAGCGGAUAUGAGGCUUGGAGAGAUGGAGGAGGAGGAAGGCGGGAAGCAGAGGGAGGCUGAUGGCCAUGAUGUCGUGGAUGGUGACUGUGAUGACGUGGAUGUGUUCCGGACGUUCAGAGUAGAGGCUUUAGCAGCAUCAAGAGCACACGCACGGCUCGCAGGACAAGCUGCCCGGGCAUACGACAGGGGCGACCACGCAGCUGCCCGGAAACUUUCCCACACGUCAAGAGAGGAGAAGGAGCGGGCAGAGAGGCUCCACACGGAAGCUGCCGGGAAGAUUCUGGCGCACAGGAACUGGGGGCGGUCCUUAUGGGAGCUGGAUCUGCAUGGGCUUCUACCGGGGGAGGCUGUAUCUGCGCUGGAGGGGAGGUUGAAGCAGCUGGAGGGGCAAGGGGGUGUGAGUGUGCAGGAGAACGCUGCAGCAAGGGAGGCGUCUGUAGAAGAGCAGGCAGGGAGGAGCAGCAUUGGUGCAGCAAGGGAGGUGACUGCAGAAGAGCGAGUGUGGGGGAGCAGUGGUGUGGUUCUCCCGGCGAAGGUGUUGUCCUCAGCUCGGCCUGAGCUGAUGGUCAUUACUGGUGAGUGCCCACAAUAG